UGGCUUGUCAGCAUUGACAUUGAAGCAAGUUGAAGUUCAUAGUUUGGAUUUAGGAAUGCCUAAAACCAAUUUCUCAUGGCUUGCGAAGAAUGAAAGUUUGGCCAUUUAUUCAAAUGGUGAAACAAGUAAAAUUGCAUCCGUAAUGAAGAAGAAGAAGAAGUUGCGCGCAUUACCUCCAGUGUGCAUAUCGGAAAUGAACCGAUUACUGGUCAGAAACAGGGCUGCUUAUCAUGCUAUGAGACCUCGAUGGUCAUCGCCACACGACAAGAAAAUAUUAGCAAUGAAAGCAGAGAUUGAGAAUGCUCCUAUUGUGAAGAAUGCUGGAGAACUUUAUGCACCAGCAUUUCGGAACAUUUCCAUGUUUAAGAGGAGCUAUGAGCUAAUGGAGAAGACACUGAAGAUUUAUGUUUAUAAGGAAGGACAAAAGCCAAUAUUUCAUCAGCCAUUGCUCAAAGGAUUGUAUGCUUCAGAAGGUUGGUUCAUGAAGUUGAUGGAAGGUAACAAGCAAUUUGUUGUGAGUGAUCCAAGGAAGGCCAACAUGUUUUACAUUCCUUUCAGUUCUCGUCUGCUGCAAUUCGCAUUGUAUGUGCGCAACUCUCAUAAUCGGACAAAUCUGAAAAACUAUCUGCAGGAUCAUGUCAACACAAUCGCAGCAAAAUAUCCUUUCUGGAAUCGAACUGGUGGUGGAGACCAUUUCAUUGUUGCUUGUCAUGACUGGGCACCUUAUGAGACCAGACACGCAAUGGCUCGUGCAAUCAGAGCACUUUGUGUGGCUGAUUUGCAUUUUGGUUUUCGCUUAGGAAAAGAUGUAUCACUCCCUGAAACUUAUGUUCGAUCUGCGAGAAACACUCUUAAAGACAUUGGUGGUAAGCCUGCUAACGAGAGGACAAUUCUUGCAUUUUAUGCCGGUAGCAUGCACGGUACUCUCCGGCCAAUUUUACUGCAGCAUUGGGAGAACAAAGAUAAGGACAUGAAAAUUUUCGGCCCCUUACCAUCUAGCAUCAAAAGAAACAUGAAUUAUCGACAGUUUAUGAAGUCAACCAAGUACUGCAUUUGCCCGAGAGGUUACGAAGUAAAUAGUCCUCGAGUUAUAGAGUCAAUCUUUUACGCAUGUGUGCCAGUGAUCAUAUCUGAUAACUACGUGCCGCCUUUUUUCGAAGUGUUUAAUUGGGAGGCAUUUUCGGUUAUCAUACCGGAGAAAGAUGUACCUCGACUUAAGGAGAUACUGCUGUUAAUUUCUGAAGAGAAGUACAAUGCAUUGCAAUUGGGAGUGAGGAAGGUGCAAAAGCAUUUUCUUUGUCAUAACAAGCCUGUGAAGUAUGAUUUGUUUCAUAUGAUUCUUCACUCAAUUUCGUACAAUAAAGUGUAUCAAAUAAGAACCAGGUAA